GCGCCGCCCAAUCAGCGCCCGCAGCGCUCGGGCUCGCGAUUCAAACUGCGGCGCGGGGCUCGGCGCUGGGGCGGCCGCCGCCGCCGCCGCCGCCGCGGGUACCGGCCAUGGAGCACCGCCUCGUGGGCCCCGGGCCGUACCGGGCCACCAAGCUGUGGAAUGAAACGGUGGAGCUUUUCCGCACCAGGAUGCCCUUACGGAAACAUCGCUGUCGUUUCAAGAGUUAUGAUCGUUGCUUCACAGCGGCGGAGGCCGUGGAUUGGCUGCAUGAGUUGCUGAGGUGCAGUCAGAACUUUGGCCCCGAGGUGACCCGCAAACAGACGGUCCAGCUGCUGAAAAAAUUCCUCAAGAAUCACGUUAUUGAAGACAUCAAGGGAAAAUGGGGUCAGGAAGAUUUUGAAGACAAUCGUCACUUGUAUAGAUUUCCUCCUUCUUCACCCCUGAAACCAUAUCCAAAGAAGCCUGCAUACCAAAAGGAUGUUAUUAAAUUUCCCGAAUGGAAUGACCCCCCACAGAGCACUUCACAGGAGAACAUCCCAGUAAGGCCGGUUGUGAUGAACUCUGAGAUGUGGUAUAAACGUCACAGUAUUGCUAUUGGAGAGGUGCCAGCUUGCCGUCUUGUCUACCGCAGACAGCUGACAGAGGCCAAUGUCGAAGAGAUAUGGAAGUCUAUGACAUUAUCGUACUUACAGAAAGUCCUUGGCCUGGAUUCUUUGGAAGAAGUCUUAGACAUUAAACUGGUCAACUCCAAGUUCAUCAUCCAUAAUGUGUACAGUGUGAGCAAGCAGGGAGUUGUCAUCCUUGAUGACAAGUCAAAAGAACUUCCUCAUUGGGUACUGUCAGCUAUGAAGUGUUUGGCAAAUUGGCCUAAUUGUUCAGAUUUGAAGCAGCCUAUGUAUUUAGGAUUUGAAAAAGAUGUCUUUAAAACCAUAGCAGAUUACUAUGGUCACCUGAAAGAGCCUCUGCUUACAUUUCAUCUUUUUGAUGCCUUUGUCAGUGUAUUAGGUUUGUUACAGAAAGAGAAAAUGGCUAUUGAAGCAUUUCAGAUUUGCUGCCUCCUCCUGCCACCUGAAAACAGGAGAAAGUUACAGCUGUUGAUGAGGAUGAUGGCAAGAAUCUGCCUAAAUAAGGAGAUGCCAUCCCUGUGUGAUGGCUUUGGGACCCGAACACUGAUGGUUCAGACAUUUUCCCGUUGCAUCUUGUGUUCCAAGGAUGAAGUAGACUUGGAUGAGUUAUUAGCUGUUAGGUUGGUGACAUUUCUGAUGGACAAUUACCAAGAGAUUCUGAAGGUCCCUUUGGCCCUGCAGACCUCCAUAGAGGAGCGCGUGGCUCAUCUACGAAGAGUCCAGAUAAAAUACCCAGGUGCUGAUAUGGAUAUCACUUUAUCUGCUCCAUCAUUUUGCCGUCAAAUCAGUCCAGAGGAGUUUGAAUACCAGAGAGCGUAUGGCUCUCAGGAACCUCUGGCCGCUUUGUUGGAGGAAGUCAUAACAGAUGCCAAACUCUCCAGCAAAGAGAAGAAGAAAAAAUUGAAGCAGUUUCAAAAAUCCUAUCCUGAAGUCUACCAAGAACGAUUUCCUACACCAGAAAGUGAAGCACUUCUGUUUCCUGAAAAACCGAAGCCAAAACCACAGCUGUUAAUGUGGGCACUAAAAAACCCUUUCCAACCAUUUCAAAGAACUAGAAGUUUUCGGAUGUAGUACUUCUAUAGCUGUUGGAGUGCUCUGUUAUUGUUGCCUUGAGCAAAUGGGUGAUUAUAAAGAGGACUAUGGCAGUGGAAGAAAGGAGCAGAAAAUAUAGACUACUGAAAUAUAAAGUGAUCGGACUUCCAAAAAUGUUGAGCCAUUAUCAGUAUUUUUGUAAAACUCAGUGCUAUUUUUGAAGGUGUACAAAUCAAUUAAAAAUUUAGACAAGUAUAUAGCGGUAAUGUUAAUGUGUUUGUAAUUGUUACAAAAUUUAAGGGUAUUUUUAUUUUUUUAUUUGUUGUUUCUCAUAGUGUUCAUAAAAUAAUUGUGUGUACAUUUUAGUUACUGAUGUCUUUGUUAUAACGUCUUAAAAAUAGUGUAUAUACUUGAAUAAGAAAGACACCAGGUACUGUUACUGUGAUGUUGUUGACUUCAUACCUUAAUAGUUGUGUUUUCUCUUGUGUAAACUCUGGUUUUCAAUGUUGCACAAAGAUUCUUAAUGUCCUAUAUUAUGAUGGCUGUGUCUUUUAUUGCAGAUUUGUUGGAUGUUAUUACAGAUAUAACUAAAGCCGGUUCUUUAAUAACGUAUAUAUUAGCUGGUGUUUACCUCUAAGUGGAGUAGAUUUUCAUUUUCCUACAGUGGUAUAAUUUCAGUCUUGGCUGAAGGUGGAAAAUUGAUGAAUAAACUUUUUUGUUUCCCUUA